GUGGUUGUUUGGAAGAGUGGGGAGAGGUCAUCGUGUAGUAGGAACAGCUGUUAGUCAUGGGGACCCCAGACCUACACUGUGUCCCUGGAGUCUGAGGUUGCAGGGAAACCCGAUGAUUGACAUUGUCAAGGGACAUUUAGUAAGCCACCAGUUGGGUUAGCCGUAAGUGGCCCACUUGGCUAGCCUGGUAUCUCCCAAGAGUUUGGAAGAGUCUGGGCCUCGUUCUGAGUCUGAAGCUGGUCGAGGGGAUAACAGAGACACGGGCCUGGCUGCCUGUCCAUCUUGGCCUUCCAGAACUGUCCCAAACAGGCUGUAUGUCAGGGUGAUUGAUGGUGAAACAUACAGAUUUAUAAGCCCCCACCCCAGGAUUUUGGUGCAAAGAUCUGCCGUGGGGCCUGGCCAGGACUCCUGUCUACCACUGCCCCAGUGAUUCUGAUGCAGCUGGUCCAAAACCCAGCUGGCUUUAGGAACUACCACUCUGGAACUUGGCUGGGAGUCAGGAAGUGGGCAAACCUCGAGGCUCUGGGUGUCACAGAGUGUAUUUUUAGAGGCUAGAGCUCAGAGAAAUGGAGUUAAAAAUGUUUCUGAUGUUUGUUUUAUCCGGGCUUGGCUUGGAUGCCUCCAGUGAUGGGUGUCUCACUACCUACCAAGUCAGCCCAGUGAUUUCAAGACAAUCCUGUAGGAAGUGCUUCUUUCCACCUGGCCAGUUUCUGCCUCCCUGUAAUGUGUUCUUGGUCUAGCUCAGUCAUCUGGAGACGUGCACAGUAAGUACCAUCCUCUUCCCCAGACAGUGUACUGAGCCUUUGGGUGUUUCUAAGGGUGAUGAGUGCUGUUAUUUCCAUUAUUUCACAGAGGAGCAAACUGAGGCGUCCGGAGUUAGGAAACUGGUACCAGGUCACACAUCUAAUACUCUUAACCACCACACUGUGCUGUUCUAGACUUUUCUAUCACCUGCGAGCUCCACUCCAAACAUUCUCAGUUCCUCAGGACUUCUCUUCCUCGGACAGGUUUUUCAUUCUCCUCCUGAACUCAGGCGACAUCCUCUUCCCCCUUCGUUGAACACUCACUAGAGAGGUUUUCUGAAUUCUUUCUGGGAAGUCCAGUCUCUCCAUUAUUUAAGUUUUCUCCUUAUUUAGUGAAGUUGCACGGUUGUCAUUUAUCGUCUAUUUCUUAAUUAGGUGAAUUCAUAAGCGUUUCAGUAGUUACACUAUGAUUAUGAGACUCCCACCGACAUUGUUGAAGUAGACGUUGUGAGCUAUCGGCGCCUCUUUGAGGUUAUUUAGACUCAAGUCUGUCAGCUGCGUGCACAUGGGCUCCAUCCUCUGUCUUUACAGCUCUGUGGUGCUCAGACAUUCACCGGGCCUUCCUGUGAGCCACGGGCUGUUUGCAGAGCCUCACAGACCACCUCGCUUGAUCCGGACAGCCCGUGGGGUGGGAGCUCCUCGGGCGUGGGCCUGCCUCUUCCACGUGCCCUCCAGCUCAGCACGCCAAGGGCCUGGAACGCCCAGCUGGGGUCUGACCCAGGUAUCGCCGGGCUGGACUAUUGCCCUGCUUAUUCUAGGCCCCUCUGUCCCCACGGGUAAAGAUCACACCGCCUCUGUGGGAGGCCACACAUCUCUGCCGACCUGCUCCCACUCUGCAUUUGUGCAGUUGGUUUUAGGGGGCCCACAUGCGAGUUGUAAAUGUCUUCCCAGUACGUGGUGCCUUGUUAGAUUUGGCCAGGUAUCCAGGCCCGUUAAAAAUCUUCUGAGCUGGAAGGGCACCUGGGUGGCUCAGUCCGUGAAGCAUCUGACUCUUGAUUUCGGCUCAGGCCAUGAUCUCAGGGUCAUGAGAUCGAGCCCUGCGUCGGGCUCCACGCUCAGCAGGGAGUCUGCUUGGGAUUCUCUCUCCCUCCUCCUCUGCCCUCCCCCUGCUGUCUCGCUUGCUCUAAAUAAGUAAAUAAAAUCUUAAAAAAAUCUUCUGAGCUGGAGGUGUACCUUCCAGCAACACAGCUGGUUCUGUGUGUCCCCGUGGGUACUUGGGUGCUGGUUGUCCGCAGCUAGGUUGGUAUGUUCAGAGUCACACACUCCUGUCCUCGACUCACAGAAGAGCUGUCCGUGCCCUGUGCCGCAAACUCUGUUGAUCUCCAGACACAGUUUUAGCAGCUCCCCAUGUGGGUGCCAGGCCACUGGAAAAAAGGAGGCUAGGGUGCUGUCCCCGUGUCUGUGUCUCAGCCGGGGAGGAGAACAGAGGAGGCUAUAAAGAGUCAACCUAUAGAACCCAGAUUAUAUUCUGGGGUCACUUCCUGUAGAGGCACUCUGUCCUACAUAUAUUUUUUUGGUCCUAUGCAUUUUAAAAGCCCUAAAAGGAUUCCUUACGUUUUAGUCCAAAAGAUUAUCUGGAGUGUUCGAGAAAAGGUCAAACUUGAUCUGUUCUGUGGACUCUCAGAAGACAGAAAUGAUUAACUUCACACAUGAAAGAGUAAGCUUUAGCUAUAGGGAAACGUUCUCCGGCCAUGCCAGCUAAUGGGGGCUUUUUUGUGUCUAUUUUUAUACGUUUCAAAGAAGAAGUGCUAAACCGUGUCACCCAGGUGCCCAGUCUGUAGGCCUUUAGAGAAAGGCAGGAGCAUUUCUCUCGUCGCUACAGAGGUUGGGGGACGUCCUUGGAGGAAGGAGGGACCGGACCUGGCUUGGGGAAAUGCGGGUAGGGUUGAGGAAGAAGAACCCACGUGAGCACAACUCUGGCCCCGGACCUGGGUGGGGCGGGGGGGGGGGGGUCAAGGAGCCCAGCUGGGUAGGGGAGCUGGAUCAGGAGCUGCCGCAUGUUCUCGGGCCCACAGACCAGGGAUUGUUGACCUUGUUGGGAAUUCCCUAGGAGCUGGUGAACUGACCAGGGUCUGGGCCCCUCCCUGCAGACGCAGGGCCCAGGAAUCUGCUGGUUUUUUUUUUUUUUUAAAGAUUUUAUUUAUUUAUUUGACAGAGAGACAGAGACAGCGAGAGAGGGAACACAGCAGGGGAGUGGGAGAGGGAGAAGCAGGCUUCCCGUGGAGCAAGGAGCCCCAUGUGGAACUCUAUCCCAGGACCCUGGGAUCAUGACCUGAGCCGAAGGCAGACAGGUCUGCCUGUCUGAGGUCUGCCUGACUGAGCCACCCAGGCGUCCCAGGAAUCUGCAUUUUAACUGGCAGCUCAGCGGACCGUGCUGCAGGUGGCCUGUGGAUGGUGCUGGGACACCUGCUGGCAUGGGCAGCAGGGCACCAGUGAAGAUACCACUGGCUGAGUGAAUGGUGGCUGUAGCCGGGUGUGGAGGUGUUGGGGUCAGGCUCAGGGCCGGGGGAGGCAGAGAGCCUGAUUAGGAGUCUUGUAGGAGGGGCUCAGGUGGGGUAAGAGGCUGGGAGGAGGCAGAUCUCGAGACACGGAUACUGGGUAGAGCCGUUUGCUAGGACCGCCUUACUCAAAGUGUGAUCCCCGGGCCCGAGUAUCGCAUCCCCUGGGAGCUCCUUACAAGUCAGAAGGUCGGCCUCACCCCAGACCUGCUGGAUCAAAAUACGACUCUUAACAAGAUUCAGGAGGCACUAUGCUGGCUCUUGCCUUUCAGUGUUUAAGGAAAAUACUUGAGUGGGAAAGGGGAGGGUGGUUCAUUUGAUGAACUCCAGUAAAAACGCAAGGAAAACACUGAGGCCCAUCCCGUCGCACAGAGGCUAAGCGCCUCUCGCGAUAGUGGGAGGUCAGGUGAUAAGUUCACCCCAGGACAGAGUCCUAGCUCCCAGCUCUGACGUCCCUCAGCUGCAGGGUGGGUGACUCAGGUCAGGGGUCUGCCUGCUCGGAUUUGAACCCUUCCUGUACUGCUUAUGAGCCAUGUGGUCUUAGGCAAGUUACUUCACCUCUCUGAGUCUCCGUUUCCGCAUCAGAAUGCGGGGAUAGGGCUAGAGCUCACCUGCCGCGGUGAGACCAGGCGAGAGGGAUGGCCUGCGCCACGCGGGUCUACCGUCAGUGAGGUCUACGUGGUGAUCAGUGUCCUGUCCACACAGCAAGCUCCGUUUUACCGUUUUCUUCAUGCACGUUACCUCGUUUGGUUAAAUGUCUGUGAAAUCGCAUGUAGUCCCAUGGGCACAGAUGAGCCCUCAGAUCACGUUGUGGGUUCCAGCCGAGAGUAGGGUACGUGCAAGGUGGACGGACUCCCCAGGCUCCCUGGGGGUGUGUGAUGUCCACCACGUGUCAUCCUGACUCUGCCACCACAGACAUCGUUCUGGGGGAUCUGGGGCCCCCCUAGCACCUGCAGCAUCCUCACAACACAUGCCAACACUUGGAGGGCGGGGGGUCUGUCCCGACCAACUGCCACAGAUCAGCCACGUGACCGCCCACCGAGCGCGGGCCGGCCCACCCGCCGGCUCUGAGCCUGCCCGUGAGGAUGGGCCACAGGCGGGUCCUCGAUGGCACGUGUGCGGCUUCCCCUGUGUCACCCCUCCGUGGCCCUGCACGGGCAGCCUCAUGCCGCUUGUAUGCGGGAGGGAGCCACGGGACUGCGACCCUACGGUGGAGCCAUGGGACCUGCCUGACGUCAGAGCCUGGGUACCUCCCAGCCUCUGAUCGUGGCACAGUUGCCGUUCUCCGUCACGGGUGUGAGGGACCCUGCAGUCUGCUGUGGGCCUGGCGCCGGCCGGCGCCCACGAGCAGGUCUCCCCAGCGGCCUGGCAGGGGCCCAUCUCUCCUGGAAGGCGAUCGGAGCGACUGCCUGGGGGUGGCCACCGCACCGGGGCCACAGAGGGUGGGAGAGAAUGGGCCCAGUGUCCGCCUGGCGCAGGAGGCCAGACGGCGUCCACCUCGCCUUCCGUCUACUGCUCUGAGUGGGGCUUGUGUCGGGACGGGGGCUGUGGUUUCCCUGAGGGGUUGAAGGCAGCCGGCGUGGCGCAGGCAGCCGUCCAGCUCUGGGGGAGCAGGAUUACAAGACCAGAGGGAGAACCCCAGGAUGCUCAGAACACUCUGGGCUCAAGUUAGCAAGUGGGGCCAGGCUUGGAGGUGGCAGCUUGGAGGAGCUGGGGAUGUGGGCGGAGGGCAAGGAGGCGUCUGCUGGGCGUCAUGGGGUUUUCAGUUCCUGAACUGGGAGCUGACUCCAGUUUGCACUCCAGUUCUGCACUUUGUCCCCAAGAAGUCUGUCAGGAGGUUUUAUGUUUUCAUCCAUUUGUGUGUCUCCUAGAAAAGCCAACUCGGUGGCAUUGGGGUGCUGGCCUCCGUGGGCCUGGCUCAGGGUGACCGAGUGGGUUAGGGCGCUCGGGAGCAGGAGAGGCGCAUCCAGGUGUUACUAACCGUCACCAGUUAACAGAAGAUGAGCCGGUGGACCGCUGCAUCGAAGGGCGCAGUCUCCCUUCCCUCCAGGUGUCUUCCAGAGCAGACGAGGGGACAUUCACAGCUCUCCCCACCUGCUUGGACACCACCGUGGCCGUUCCCAAGGUGGAAAAAGCUCAAUCGCUGGCAUUUGAGACUCGGACCCAAACUCCCAUCUGGCCCGUGAGCCGGGGAGGCCGUCCAGUCCCUCUGUGUUUCCACGGCUUUGGUUUGGACACGCGCUCUUCCUUUCUCUUGGGCGUGCGCUGAGACAUGCGGUUGCUGGGACAUAUGGUAAAUCUGCGUCUACCUUUUCAGAAUCGGCCAAACUGUUUUCCAAAACGGCUGCACCGUGUCGCAUUCCGCCAGCAGCGUGGGAGGAUUCUGGCUGCUCCGCGUGCUCACCAACACGUGUUACGGUCCGUCUGUUUCGUUACUGCCAUCCCGGUGGGCGCGAACGGUCCCUCGUAGCUUCCACGUGCACCCCCCCCAUGACGGCCGAUGCUAAAAUCUCACGCUUUAUGAGCCACGUGCCUCCUCUUUAGUCAAGUGUCUAUUUUGCUUUUUUUUUUUUUCCCAUUUAAAACUUGGAUUAUUUGUCUUAUUACAUCUUGAGUGGCUUAUAUAAUCUGGAUUCAAGCCUUCUGUUGCAUAUGUGAUUCGCAGGUACUUCUUGCCACUCUGUGCUUUUUGUUCUCACCUAUGAAUGAGGUCUCUUGGCAUGCCAAGGUGUUUAGGAUCGAUAACACCUUCUUAACCAGUUUCUUUGGUUGAUUGUGCUUUGGGGAUCGUAUCCAAGAAAUCUUUGCCUAACUCAAGGUCACGAAGAUACGCUUAUGUCUCCCGCUGAAGCUGUAGCUUUAGACCUAAUGUUAAGGUCUGUGCUCCAUUUUGAGUUCGUUUUUAUGUGUGGUGUAUGAUUUUGCAUGUGGCUAUCCAACUGUCCCAGCACAAUCUGUUGAGAAAACACCCAGACUGUUCCUUCCCCCGUCGAAUUCCCGGGGCACCUCUGCGAAUCCCCGCCACUCACGUUCAGCACCCCAGCUCUCUCUCUCCCCGCCUCUUGCUCAUCGUGGUGGUCGGCAGAGUGGCUGGAUGGCAUGCUAACCGCUAUUCUAAGUGUCUCACUGGGUGAUCACGUUUACCAAAAGCAGGCGGCAGUGUGAGCAGCCUUGGCCGGUCGAAUGUGGACCAUAUGCCAGCUGUGUGAUCUCGGUUAAGUUUCUUCAUCGGUCCCUGCCUCAGUUUCCCCAGCUGUGAACCAGGGGUGCUGGUAGCCCCUUACCUCACAGGGUUAUUGUAAGAAAGAUGGGCAGGUACACGUAACUGAUGUUCCGUGGAUGCGGUGUUGUUUUCCAACUCCCGCCGUGCCUCUGGGCUGGCCUUGCUCAGCCCGGCUGCGCACAGACUAAAAGGAAAGCAGGGGGCGCCUGGGCGGCUCAGUCGGUUGAGCGACUGCCUUCGGCUCAGGUCAUGAUCCUGGAGUCCCGGGAUCGAGUCCCGCAUCGGGCUCCCUGCUCGGCAGGGAGUCUGCUUCUCCCUCUGACCCUCCUCCCUCUCAUGCUCUCGGUCUCCCAUUCUCUCUCUCAGAUAAAUAAAUAAAAAAACGUUAAAAAAAAAAAAAAACGAAAGCAGGGAGGGGUGGCGGAGGGGCACUCGGCACAGCCUGCAGCUGUCUAGGAAGGGGCUCCUUUAGCCCACCGGUCUGGCUGAUUUUGACAUCAGCUGCCGGUGGACACAGUGUGAGUCCACACUUUUUUGGUGUAAAUGCCCCUCCUUUUCUAGGAGGGCCUGCAGGGCACGGGUCCCUUCCGGAUGCCAACGCGUCCCCCUCUGAUAACCCCACAAGAGAAGAACUGCGAAUCCCGAAAGCAGAAGCUUAAGCCCCCUCUGAGUGGUUUGCAGUGGAUUCUAGUACCAUGCAUUCUCUCCCCCCCACACACACACACCUGCACACGUGCACACACACCUGGCCUCACAGGCUCCUUCGCCACCUUUUCUUCCUCCCAUUUGUAAGCAGCUCCCCCUGCAGAGCCCGGACCCUUGCACCCUUCCAUCCCUGCCUAGGGUGGGGGUCUCAGCCUCGGCACUGUUGACAUGGGGGGCUGAGCCCCUGUUCAUUGUGGGGACCUCUUGGCCAACGCGGGAUGUCGAGCAGUGUCCCUGGCCUGCAUGCACUAGAUGCUCCCCCUCCCUGCAGUUAUGACAACAAAAAAUGUCCCCAGACGUUGCCACGUGUCCCCUGGAGAGCAAAAACCACACCCCGGGGAAAACAGCCGCCCCACAGGGUCUCGUUAAAGGUGUGCAAGACAGACUGGGAACCGAGCCUGGGCCCUCACGGGCGGGUCUUGGCAAAAGUGACCCGGAGGGACGCGCUUUAGAGCUUGUCCUGCAUCCAGAGCUGCGUGUGCCUUGUCUCCAGGGCUCGCUCUUCUCAGAACGCUCCGGGCAGCAGAGUGUGUCCUGGUCUUGUGGGCUCGGCACGGGACAGCUGUGGCAGGUAUGGCCCCUCCGCCCCCGGCGCCGUGACUCCCGCUCUUGGUUCCCACCACUUUUGCUCUGAAGCCGUGCCUGCCCAGGUCGCCGACAUGAAAAGAAACGCAGACCGAGCCGCUCGGCGGAGUCCCAGCCCCGACCACGAGGUCGCGUGCUUGAGGCAGACGCACAGGUUGCUGCAAGUCCGCGAGAAAGGAGCCCUCGCCCUGCAGAGGCGACAAGACCCCCAGCAGAAGAGCCCGCAGCGCCUGGCCGAGGAGCUGGAGGCUGGGUGGCAGGAGGCCCCCAGCCUGCAAGGCCGGGGCCUGGAGUGGCCAUAUUUAGCACAUCUGUCAGGCACAGGGGGAGGACAGGCCAGGGAGCCCCUGCCUGGCUCGCAGGGGCCGGCCCAGCGAGGAGCAGCCCGGCCGCAGAGGGCCACGGAGAAGCACAGAGCAGCCGUCAGGGAAGAGGAGAGACGCAGAGAAGAGCUAGUCGGACGGCAGCCUUGGCGCACCAAGUCCCAGAGGAAAGCGGUGGGCGCGGAGAAGCAGGGGCCUCCCAGAGCCGCGGGCCGGACCCGUCACCCCCUCUGCCCCCCUGAGAAGAGUAAGGGCAAGCGAGCACCUUCGAUGAAGACCCGUGGUGGCAGCCGUCCCGCUGAGCCCCGGGGGGGCAGAGGGGUGCACAUAGAAGAGUUCUUGGCUGCUGCCGGGGAGCUCGAGCGUCGGGAGAAAGGGGAGAGAAGGAGCCCGGGACGGGCGGAGGCAGCCGGGAAAGGGGGCGGCUCCCCUGGUCAAGGCCCGGACAACAACCGUCAGCAUCAGAGUCCCGAGGGAAAAGCAGAAGACCUAGAAGAGCUGUGGCCCGUUGGCUGGACCCACAGAGGGGGCGCCGCACCCCAGGCGUCUCCGUGCCGGUGCGGGGACAAGAGCAGGUGGCAGAGGGAGCUUGAGUUUGCCUUCCAGGAGCUGUUUAACACAAACAGAGAGCUGAAGAAGCACCUGAACUUGCACCUUGCAGCGGGGCCCGGGGUGGAUCAGAGCUCCAGGGAAGAGCUUGGCCUCUCCGAGGUGCAGGAGUGUAGAGGUGAGCCCCAGAGAGACAAGACAGCGGUGGGUGCAGAGGCGGACGUGCAGCCUGGCGGGGAGCCCACAUGCCCAGUGCAGGCGGAUACCCACCAGACCAAGUCCCAAACCAGCUUGAAGGAGUUCCUGAACAAGCUCAAGAACCAGAAAUAUCUCCGGUUGGCCAAGUUCCCACGUAAGACUGAGAGUGAACCGCUGUCUCCCAAGGCAAGAGUAUUUAUUGGUGAAGAGAACCGGCUCCUUGGUGGCAUGGGCUCUGGACAAGCAGCGGCCAGACCGGACCCGCUGGUGGAGGACGCCUAGCGCCGGUCCCCGCGGGAUCAGGCAGACGGAGUUGGCCUGGCAGCGUUGUGGCAGGGACCGGGUGGGCAGUUGGAGCUGUGGCACCGCAUGGGCCCCCCGGGGCUGAGCUGGGAAGCCCACUCCCAGGCCGGGCUGGAAGAGCAGAGAGAACAGAGAAGGGCGUGCCUGGCCCGCCUGAAGUCUUUCUCCUCCCUAGACCAGGGGAAGGAAGGGGCAUGUGAGCACACUUCCCUCUGGGCCCCCAGCUUCAUGGACGAUGACAGGCACAGUCAGAUGAUCCAUGACCUUCAGCAGCAAAUUGAAGAGCAAAACAAGUUGCACAAGCAAUUUCUUGAAGAAGCCAGGAAAUGCUUGCAAGAGUUUCAGAGGAUAGGAUAAGAGCGAGCGUCCCACCCAUGAUAAAUACAUCACUGAUAGCGAGCGUGAUGCCGGAAAUGGUACCCAAGCCUCUGAGAGUCUGUGUGCGCGUCCCCCGCUCAGACCCCGGCGGGCCACCUGUCCCCCCCGAUGGCCUCCGGGGGCGCAUCCUCCUUCCC